AUGGCCCCGAUUGACGACCCGCCCCCUUUGCGCUGCCCUCCAGGUACCUCUUCAAGUACAUCAUCAUUGGCGACACCGGUGAGUUGGGCGGGAUUCCGAAUCACGCGCCCGGCGAUCGUGCCGGCAAGGCGCUGGGUGAAGAGCGGGCUGAAUGGCGGGCUGGCCUGCGCAGGGGUGGGCAAGUCGUGCCUGCUGCUGCAGUUCACCGACAAGCGCUUCCAGCCGGUGCACGACCUGACGAUAGGGGUCGAGUUCGGCGCGCGGAUGAUCAACAUAAACAGCAAGCAGAUCAAGCUGCAGAUCUGGGACACGGCUGGGCAGGAGUCCUUCAGGUCCAUCACGAGGUCCUACUACCGCGGCGCCGCGGGCGCUCUCCUUGUGUACGACAUCACCAGACGGGACACGUUCAACCACCUCGCCAGCUGGCUGGAGGACGCCCGGCAGCACGCCAACCAGAACAUGACCAUCAUGCUGAUUGGCAACAAGAGCGACCUUAAUGCCCGAAGGGCAGUGUCGACCGAGGAAGGGGAACAAUUUGCAAAAGAGCAUGGCCUCAUAUUCUUGGAGACAUCUGCCAAAACGGCAGUCAAUGUGGAAGAUGCUUUCAUCAACACAGCAAAAAAGAUCUACGAAAAGAUCGAGCAGGGGGUAUUUGAUGUUUCCAAUGAGGUAUGGAGAGUGGGUGUGCGAGGCACCUGGUGUAUGGAUUGUUGGGCAACGACAUGGAACACUGUUGAAUAG